AUGGCUCAGGAAGGAGGACCGCCCUUCCUCCUCUCCCUCUUCAUGUUGGUCUUCAUGCUGUCCUCUCUGAGUGACUGUAACCCUCACUCUGCUGGGUCCAUGAGGUCAAUGGCUGCAGCCAGGGCCGUAUCCAAUCACACUGCAAGGAAAGUCUCAGACAUAUCUGCAGAGGUAGCAGCCUACGCUGAUGUGGCCAAACAGAUUAUUGACCUGGCUGUGUCUGGAGAUGCUCAGAACCGCUCUUACAGACGGCUGGCCGACUUCACCGACACCAUUGGGAACCGUGUCAGUGGCUCGCAAAACCUGGAGAUGGCUAUCAAAUACAUGUACAAGGCUAUGACACAGGAUGGGUUGGACGUACAUUUAGAGCCAGUCAAAGUCCCACAUUGGGUGAGAGGGAAGGAGAGUGCAGAAAUGAUCGCACCCAGGGCCAAAAGUCUGGCUAUGCUGGGAUUGGGUAGCAGUAUAGGGACACCACCUGAGGGUAUCGAGGCAGAGGUGUUGGUGGUCCAGUCUUUUGAGGAACUGAAGCGUAGAGCCAGCGAGGCCAUGGGGAGGAUUGUGGUCUUUAACCAACCAUUUGUCAGCUAUGGGGAGACGGUGAAAUACCGUGCCUAUGGCGCCUCUGAGGCAGCCAAAUUGGGAGCUGUGGCCUCACUCAUUCGAUCUAUUACUCCAUACUCUAUUAACAGUCCCCACACAGGUUGGCAGGACUACCAAGACGGAGUGAAGCGCAUCCCUUCAGCCUGUAUCACCAUGGAGGAUGCUGAGCUGAUGUGGCGUAUGGCACAGAGAGGAGAGAGGAUCGUGGUCCGACUCACGAUGGGAGCCAAGACUCUACCGGACGCUGACUCCUUCAACACAGUGGCUGAGAUAACAGGCUGGCAACACCCUGAGCAGGUCGUCUUACUGAGCGGCCAUUUGGACAGUUGGGAUGUGGGCCAAGGCGCCAUGGAUGACGGAGGUGGAGCCAUGAUUUCCUGGGAGGCCCUGUCACUCAUCAAGGACUUGGGUUUGCGUCCAAGGAGAACGCUGCGAACAGUGCUGUGGACAGCUGAGGAGCCAGGUGGAGUUGGAGCGCAGCAGUACUUUAAUCUACACAAGGUGAACAUGUCCAACGUUGACCUGGUCAUGGAGUCUGACGCGGGGACAUUUACCCCGGUGGCUCUGCAGUUUACUGGCAGCGUUGCAGCACAAAAGAUGAUGGCAGAAGUGGUCAAACUGUUGGCUCCCAUUAAUACGACCAAACUGGAGACGCAUGGAGAAGGGACAGACAUCUCUCCGUGGAUGCAGGCAGGAGUACCAGGUGCUAGCCUGCAUGUGGCAGACAGUCGGUACUUUUGGUUCCACCACAGUGAAGGUGAUACCAUGACGGUUCAAGACCCUCGGGAAAUGAACCUCUGCUCUGCAUUGUGGGCCGUGGUUGCCUAUGUCGUGGCAGACCUACAGGACAUGUUGCCCAGGUAGCCAGUUAGCACAAAGGAUGCUGAACCCAAAAGAGGAUGAUCACUGUGAACCGGACUGGUUACUUCCAAAACACACAGUCUAAUCAAACUUUUUUUUUAGAAAAACUUUGUUGAAUGUUGAAAAACUUGUUUACAAAUUGAAUUUGGAUUUUCCCUUGUAUAAACAAGUGAAUCUGAGGGUGGAUAAAAAAAGAGAUGGAGUGACUUCUCAGUAUUUAUUAACCACUAGAAUUAGCAUGAUAUCAGCACAAAAUAUGUUUAAGUUGAAUAAUAUUAAAUUAAAGCAUAAACACAUUUUACAAUAGAAUUCAAACUACAAGUAAUCACAAAAAUAAUUUAGGUUUUGGAAUAAAGACUCAAUAGAUGUAGCUCAGGGCUGUGUCAGGAUUAUCUUGAAUGUAAAGCUAAAGUCCGGUCAGGACCAAAGAUAGGACAUGUAAAGGUUUGAAAACCCCAAAGCAACACAAUAUAUGCUUAUAUGAUCAUGCUACGUAAUGAAGUUAAUGUUGUUUUUUAGCAAAUACGAGCAUAUUAUGCUUAGAACGAGAGAGAAAUUUCCUCUUUUUAAAGUAAAAAGCUGAUUUUUAAAUGCUGAUUUACUGACGGAGACGAGACCAAGAAAACUAAAAUUGUGUACUUCCUCAGGAACUGUAAAUUGUCUUAAAGAUGCCUAAAUAUAAUGUGCUGCAAAAUCAAACAAGUAACAAAAAUGAGCUCAUAAAUGAGUAUUGAGAAAUUGUGGAACUGUCCAAAUUACCAAUGUUUGUCAGUUUCCAGUGUUAAAAGAGAAGAACGACCUCAUCUUUAACAGGGUAUAUUUUUAUCUGCUUUUUUUUUGUUGUGCUAGAGGUUUGAAAUAUUAUAAUUCCUGCCUGCAUCCUGCUCAACUUUGGACAUUUUGUUUUUUCCUAAUGCCACAUUUACAGGAUGUUCUGUAAGAUUUGACAUUUGCAGUGAUGUAAUACAAUCAAUAAAAGUAUUAAUCAUUGCUUUACACCGUCA